UGAACUUGUGUCUCUUAUCAAAUGAACUUAUUUUUUUUUUUUUUAUGCUUGUGAUCCCAGCAGUGGCCUCUGGAGACGGGUCGUGGUCCACCGUAGAUGCAUUUGUCAGAGGGAGUCGUGGAGAUUCGGGUCAAGGCGUAAGGCCUGGGGCUUCCAAUGAUACUCUGGGCAGGGAUGGAAGCCUAGAUGCCUCACCGCAAGGAGCGGCCGAGCGGGUCCUCGCUUAACGCACACCACGGCAGUGGCGGUACCACCUCGGAGGGAGGAAAUAUGUCCCGGCUGUCACUCACCCGGUCGCCUGUGUCUCCCCUGGCUGCCCAGGGGAUCCCACUGCCAGCUCAGCUCACCAAAGCCAAUGCACCUGUGCACAUUGAUGUAGGUGGUCACAUGUAUACCAGCAGCCUGGCCACACUCACCAAGUACCCUGACUCCAGAAUAAGCCGCCUCUUCAACGGCACGGAGCCCAUUGUCCUAGACAGUCUGAAGCAACAUUAUUUUAUCGACCGGGACGGAGAGAUUUUCCGCUAUAUACUCAGUUUCCUGCGGACGUCAAAACUGCUGCUUCCAGAUGACUUCAAGGACUUCAACCUACUGUAUGAGGAGGCGAGGUACUACCAGCUGCAGCCCAUGGUUCGCGAGCUGGAGCGCUGGCAGCAGGAACAGGAGCAGCGACGGCGUAGCCGGGUCUGUGACUGCCUGGUGGUCCGAGUCACCCCCGACCUGGGUGAACGCAUUGCACUCAGUGGCGAGAAAGCCCUCAUUGAGGAGGUCUUCCCUGAGACGGGUGAUGUCAUGUGCAACUCCGUCAACGCUGGCUGGAACCAGGACCCCACACACGUCAUCCGUUUCCCCCUCAAUGGCUACUGUCGACUCAACUCUGUGCAGGCCCUGCCUCAGGGCCCACCUGAGACCCCCUCAGUCCUGGGGCAGCCCCAUGGACAUGGAAAGAGUGCUGAGGAGUCCUGCCUGUUUGCGCUCCACAGUGGGCUCAAGACUGAGGGAAGGAAGGGAGGGUCUGAGCUCACCCCUGGGAGUAUGAAGUGUCAUGGCAACAGGUUGAGGGAUGCCAGAGGCAUGCCGGUGGAAGGACUGUCACGUGACCCAGAGAUGCCAGGCUGCAGCUAUGUGCCAGCUUCCAGCCCUGAUGCUCCUCAGCCUGGAACAGCGUCCUCUGCCGGGCCAGUCACUCCGAGCGGCUGCUUAUCCUCCUCCUGUGCACGCUUGGCGGACACCGGCGGGCCUCGUCGUGUUGGAGAUGGCUUAUUUUUCUAAAGUAUUUAAAACACAACUAACUGUGGCCGCACAGGUCGGCAAGGCCAACAAGGACCGUCGCUGCUUUUACCUGGUGCUCAGUUCUCAGUCUAAUGUUGAGCAAACCUUGCAAAGGAUGGCCUGCCAGCAUUCAGGCCCAGGUUCAUGCUGAGCUGGGGCUGUGGGGACAGACGUGGCUGGCAGCGGCAAUGGUGCUGCCAGAAAUGGAGCAUGGCCCCCAAGGGGCAGGGCGGCAGGGAGGAGGGCUAUGGAGGCGAAAGUGACUCUGUGACUUUUAUCUGACACUCUGCUACGGCCUGUGUCCCAGGCUGUACUUGGUGCACACCUGACCUGCCAAUGUCCAGGAGCUUCCAAUCCCAACUGACUGUGUCCACAUCUGGGUUCUUGGAGAAGUCUCCACCCAUCCAGUCAGCAUGGGGCCACCACAGCUUAUCUCAGGAAUGGGCCCUUCUACAAAGGGACCCAUCUGUCACCGUCAAUCUCUGGGUCCCCAGCUCAGGGAGCCACCCUCUGGCCCAACUCCAGAUUUCCCACACUCACGCACAUGGAGUUUUAAUUAAAUUUACUCAACUAGCCUGUCAGUAAGGCAGAGACCCAAUCGUACCCAGUGCUCUUAACUCCAAGCUCCAACAAUGACUGGGCCUAAGAGGUCCUCGCAGACCUGCUGUCUCCCAGACAACAGGCCCAAAAGAUGGACACCCUGGCCUUGUCACAUCUACCCUAGCUCCUCCCAGCUGGAGGGACUGCAGAGAACUGAUGGAGGGGGUGCCCUGGCCGGCACCUCCUUGUGUAUAAUGCCUGUAGACUUGUAUAUGAGUAUUAUUGUAAAGAUGCUGAUGUACAAUUGUUUUGUGUUUGUGUAAACACAUUGCGUUCCUGGUUCAUGCCAUAAAGAACGCUAGAAAGCUGAA